AAAGGAAAUCUUGGCUCUUUGUUCUGAAUUCUAUCCACUAAAGAUUCAAUCAAAAUUUGUUAUAUGCCAAUCAAAAUUUUGAUAUCACUAACAUUUUGGACAUAUAACUUACGGAACUUAACACACCAGAAUUAGGAACUCUUUCUUUCUUUCCUUUUUUUUUAAAAAUAAAAAAAUAAUUGUGCAACCCAGUAGUCUGGUGGAGGUGGGUUUCCCCACUGUAACAAUUCAAUGGUGGGUGUAGUCUCAAAACCAGUGCCAACGACUGUCGCUUUGUAUAACCCAUCUCUUUCUUCCUCUAAAACAGCCUUCUCAUCUUCUCUUUUAUCUUUAUUCAAGAACCCCAUUUCGGAUUCCAGUGGAUUUUCUUCAAAAAAUACUUGUUUUCUCAGAGGUCAAUUUUUUACUAGACAGCUCAUUGGGAUUCAUUCUCCAAGAAGAAAGCAAACAGGAUUUGUAGUAUCACCAAGGUGUGUCCUUCCAUUGACAGAAGAAAAUGUGGAAAAGGUUUUGGAUGAGGUUCGUCCAGGGUUGAUGGCUGAUGGGGGUAAUGUGGCCUUGCACGAAAUUGAUGGCCUUGUUGUGAUACUCAAGUUACAAGGAGCCUGUGGCUCAUGUCCGAGUUCAACUAUGACGUUGAAGAUGGGAAUUGAAACUCGCCUUCGAGAUAAGAUUCCAGAAAUAAUGGCAGUGGAACAGAUUCUGGACACUGAGACUGGUCUUGAGCUAAAUGAGGACAAUGUAGAGAAGGUUCUUGCAGAGAUUAGACCUUAUCUUGCAGGGACAGGAGGAGGGAUACUUGAACUUGUACAAAUUGAUGACUAUGUAGUCAAAGUUCGGUUAAGUGGCCCUGCAGCUGGGGUUAUGACAGUUCGGGUUGCUCUAACUCAAAAAUUAAGGGAAAAAAUUCCGGCCAUUGCUGCUGUCCAGCUUACGGAAUGAUAUACCAAAUCACUUACUUUAUCUACCACAAGCAUAGGAAACCAUUUAGAGGUCCGAUUUCUUAUGAAGAAAAAAGUGUAAUUAAACAUGUAUUCAAUUUGUUAUGGCCCUUAAUAUCUGUUUCCGCUCUACCUAUCUGGGAGAGUAAGUUUUGGGAAUGAGAAUAGCGAUGAAAAUGAUAAUAACCAUGUGUAUUACUUUGUCUCACCCACUAAAUAUCUCUCUUUCUCCAAGAUGAGCGAUAAGAUGAUAAUUGUCGGUACUUCUUGAUGUAAUUAAUAAGAGUUGAGAAUUUUGUGAGGUGAAAUGGAGAGGCUGAGAAGUUAUUGGCUUUUCCAAGUUUUAAUCCAGCACAUUCUCAUCUUCA